GAAUCAUCUCUACUAGCCAUGGCUAGUGCCGCCCCCUGGAGGCUGCUUGCAGCAUUUGUCGCCGUGGCAACGCUGAUCGCUCCUGCAGAAUCUCAGUUCCGCUGGCAGGUGUGGGAUCGCUACGACGAGAUACAGAGCCGCAUUGACCUCGUCACGAUGCAGAACUGCCGCACCAGGCAGGCGGAGGAUCUGUUCCUGCCGAUGUCCACCGUGCCCGCGAUCCCGCACAUCACCGACGUUGACCCGAAGUACCCGAAUCGGACGAACCUCUACCACGUUCACAACACGGCGCUCAAUCGCGGCUUCUUCUAUUCGUUCAUUUACAAUCUGGAGCCGGACAACGCAGAGCCCGGGUUGCUCUACCAGUACAAGUCGCUGACGGCCGACAUAUUGGGAAACAAGUG